UUUUGUAGUCUUAUUUUUCCUUCUUGGAGACCGUGCAUUGAUUUAUAAACAAUCGAGGAAAAUCAAGGCACAGAUUGUAGUAUCACAAAAGCAACGGCCGUAUAAAUGUCAGAAAGGGAAGCAAUUCCGGUGUCUUUUGUGGAGGAUAUCUGCUACAGAUACACCAACUCAAUAUGCCAGAUCUCAAUAGUUGAAGGUCAUAGCGAAGUUCGAGUCACGGGAUUUCUCGUUGGUCGAGAUCUAGUGAUGAGCGCAUACCACGUUUUUCACAAUGUGAUUGAAUCAAAUACUAAACGUGCGAGAAUAUUUGCAAUAUUUGGCUUCAAGGGGAAAUCACUGACGAUGGGUCAAAAGCAGUACUACUUUUACGACAGUCCAGCAUAUCUCAAUCCUGCCUUAGAUGUCAUCAUUCUUCAACUCAAACCAGAUUUUGGAUUACCGAUUGGGUGUACUCUAAUGAAAGAGAGACCAUCUAUUCACGAAAAUAUUACAUUUGUGGGUCACCCAUAUGGCGAACCACAAAAAAUCUCGGUCGAAUGUCCCAUUUUGGAACCAAAACAUCCAAUUAUAUUGAAAGCGGACGAUUAUAUUCGUCGACAGUAUGGCCCCGAUGGAUUUCAUGGUGUGCCCGACCCUUACUCCGUUUUGGUUCAAUCCAAAAUGGGAGGAGGAGCAACCGGAUCUCCCGGUAUUGUACAAAGCGGAAAUACAGCAGUUGCGUAUAUGCUCACUAAGGGAUAUCCAACAUUCCGAUCACAACUUCAACCACAAGAAUUGCGUUACACGUUUGAGAAAGCUUUAGCCAUGGAUUCAUUAUACACACUUCUGAAAAUCGACAAUCCUCGUUUAUGUUUUAGCAUAUUCUGAAAAGUUACCAAAAAUCUGUUAGAUUUAGAACUACUAACCAUCACCUUCCUGUUGAAGUAGGCAGAUGGAGUAAUAAUGAAAGGAAUAAACGCUUUUGUGUAUUAUGCAACUGUAACCAAAUUGGAGAUGAAUUUCAUUAUAUUCUGGAAUGUAAAGCCUUUUGCCUUUUAUUUAGAUUUUUUUAAAAAUAUAGAAUAUUGUUUUACCUCAAAUAUUAAAAAGAAUGUGAACUCAUGACCUCAAAAUAUUCUGCAUCUCAAACACAACUGUGUAUGUUUAUUUUGAAAAUCAAUAAUAUUGUCUGUUUCCCUGUUCGUCUGUGUGACCCCUGUUACUACAUAUAUAUAUAAUUAUGUUUCAUGUACCAUUCCAACACACUACUCCAGUAUGUCACUAGAUAGUUAACGACUAGAAUUGCUGUAAAUUGUAUUGUAUAAACAUGUCUAUAUGCAUUAACGUUUGCAGUGUUUGCAAAAAUAAGUUCCUAUCGUUGUUAAAUAAAGGGUACAGUGUCGCAAUCUGUCUGAUUAAAGUCAUAUUGAAAUGA